ACUCCACCAAACACCUUAGUUAGAUCUAAAACAUCCUCAGCAAAAACGUAAACUAGAGAAAUCUGUAAUUAUCUUAGACGAAUUCCUGUGAUUUUGAGGAAGUGAAAGUGUCUCAUGGGGGACAAACCUCAUUAACCAAACGCAGAAUCGGUCAGGAAACACACGUCCAAGACUGAAAUCUCGUGUUUCUAAUCAGCAUCAGAAAAACACGUGUGCCAAUCGGACUGUUUUUGUUCAGCCCAAUACAAUUGAAAGCAACGCUAGUGUAUGUAAAUACACCGGCGUUGCUAAAAGUAGCUACCCGUUAAGUACCUGAGUACCUUUGAACUAAAAGACAGUUACAAACCAUCCAUGCUCUUAACUCUCCAGAAUUUCUCCCUUUUAUUGUCUUAAUCCAAUAUCCAAUAUCCCACUCAGAACUCCUAUGAGGACGAUAAAGGAGAUAUCCAAUGUGGAUUGACUGAAGUCCCAUCUUUGGAAGACCUCUUAGAGGAAGAACUGCCAGGAACAGAAGGAUGAAAAGUAAAAGGAGAAGGAAGAAUGUUGCUGUGACAGAGGCCAUGGGAGGGGAGGAGGACCCAAAAGAAGAGGCCCACCAGGGGCCUAGCACCUUAGCUGAUGCGAGGGAGGAAUAUGGUCCAGCUGUGGAGGAUCUGGAAGUUAGUGAGGAGGAAGACCUGUAUCGAGGAGCUGAAGAACUCCCCCAAGGGCCAGUCAAACAUGCAGGACCGGACGCACUGUUUGAAGUCACACUUCCAAAGGUUGAGGACCGAUGCAGUCUGGAGCCAAUGGUGGAUAUUACGUCCUACAGUGAGAGAGAGUGGAAGGGAAACACUGCCAAAAGUACCCUUAUUAGAAAGAUCCCUCUUCCUGUCUGGUCCCAGGGUUACACUAAGCUGUCUCAGAGGUUUGAGAGCCUGAGACGGGUGAGAGGCGAUAACUACUGUGCCCUCCGAGCCACUCUGUUCCAGGUGCUCUCCACCAGCACUCAGCCGCCUGUCUGGCUGCAGGUCGAACACAUCUCCACGUGGGCGGAGGAGCUGGAGGCACGUGAGGGGCUGAUUGGCCAGUGGAUGUUCCCCUCGGAGUGCAGACAGGGGGGUGGGAGCGAAGACGCCGUCCAACAGCUCAAACGCUACAUGGAACUCCUCCAGAACAGGUGGCAGGCGGCUGUGGGCUGCUCCAGCAUGGAGGAGAGACGGUGGUUGUGUGAGAGUGUGUUCCAGGGAGGGGAGGAGGAGCUGGGGCUGCUGGAGGCCCUGAAGCUCCUCAUGCUGGUACGGGCGUCGGAGUUCCAUACCACCAUGCAAGAGGGCGGGGACGUGCCUGUCUUUUGCUGGCUGCUCUAUGCACGCGACUCUUCCGACUGCCCACGCACAUUCCUCUUCAACCACCUGAGUCGAGUGGGUUUCAGCGGGGGUCUAGAGCAGGUGGAGAUGUUUCUGCUGGGAUAUGCCUUGCAGUGCACCAUCCAGGUCUACAGGCUGUACAUGACAGACACCGAGGAGUUUGUCACCUAUUAUCCUGAUGACCAUAAAGAAGACUGGCCCUGUGUGUGUCUGGUCACAGAGGAUGACCGCCACUACAACGUCCCAGUGGGCCAGCACAAUGAACUCCAAGUCCCAGAGUACGUCCCUCCAGACUGUUUGGGAUCUAAGUCCCAGAAGACCUCACGGCAGGCUGAUUGCCACUGAAGAAAAAGCUCAUGGCAUGCACACAGGGCCAUAAUGUCAGAAGGCUCCUCAGGUUGACUGGAAGAAGACUCCUGCUUAUUGACAGUUUACACUUAGUUAAAAAUAGCUUUUGGAGUAUGACUAGGGCAGAACGACAGAUUUUUACCUUGUCAGCACAGGGAUUCGAUCUAGCAACCUUUCGGUUACUGGCCCAACGCUCUAACCACUAGACUACCUGCCGCCCCAAUGUGGCUUGCUUGCGUUGAAUCCCGUUCCCACAACUGAUGAAUAAAUAUAUCCGAUCACAGGCUUUGCACAAUACCAUCACGAUGCAUUUUAAUAUCAGGUGUAAAUGCUGUCUGUCAGAUGUCCACUUGCAUGAGAGAUGGACACUUAACCAUCCUGCAAAAGGUGACCAGAGCAAACUACAGUAAGCAGAGGUUGAAACCUCACAGCACGUCAUUUAAAAUAGAACAGAUGACUACUACUUCAUGUUAAGGGUUUAACUUUAACAUUGUUUGACAAUGAAACCAUUUUGAUACCCGUAUUUGCUAUGUGACAUUUU